UUAUUUUUUCUUUUAGUCUUCCUAUUCAUCCAGCCACUGUAUGCCAUAUGGGCCUGUUUCCGUUCUUGUCCAUCAAGCUGUGUAUGCACUCAAGAGCGAAACUGUUCUGUACUCUGUGAUCGAAUAGGACUGCAAGAGAUCCCUAAUGAAUUUCCAUGUGAAGCUUCCUUUAUUAACCUAGAUAAAAACAACAUCAAAUUUCUUUCUGAGCGGGCUUUUGGGACUUUGCCUUCAUUAAAAUGUCUCUCACUGAGCCACAACAACAUAUCUUUCAUCACCCCAGGGGCUUUCAAAGGGCUGCCCAACCUGAUUGAGCUCAAAAUGGCUCAUAAUGAUUAUAUACGCUAUUUACACACUCGAACAUUUUCUGCUCUAAAGAAACUGGUAAAGCUGGAUUUAGCAGACUGCAAUUUGUUCAAUAUUCCAGACCGAAUAUUUUUAGAUCUUCCUUUACUGGAGGAACUUAUGCUUUUUCAGAACAAUUUCCGUAGGAUUCCAGGAACUAUCCGAGGUAUGCGCAAUUUGACUCAUGUUUACUUAGAGAGCAACAGAAUUGAAGCUGUUGCCUAUAAUUCUCUUCAGGAAUUGCCUAAUCUUAAAUAUCUUAACCUCCAAGACAAUAAAAUAAAUGUAAUUCAUGACAAGUCUUUCCAAGAUUGCCAGAAGAUGGAGUACCUGUUCCUUAAUGACAAUUUUCUGAAUGAGCUGCCAGAGAACUCCUUCAAAGGAAUGAAAAAACUAAAAAUGCUAAAUUUGGGUGGAAACUCCAUACGGAAUAUCUCAUCUUCGUGGUUUCAAGAUCUAAUUGAGCUGGAAGUUCUCUAUCUAGACAGGAAUAAAAUAAGCUAUAUUGAGGAAGGGGCAUUUGAAAAUCUCACCAGCUUAGUAGCCUUACACCUAAAUAGCAACAAUUUGACAACAUUACCAUUUGAGGUUUUCCGACCUGUUUACUUCAUAGGAAGACUGUUUCUUUUUAAGAAUCCAUGGGAAUGUGACUGCAGGAUUGAAUGGUUAAGAGACUGGAUGGAGAAUUAUAAAUUGGUUCGUGACAUUCCCUGCUCAGCUCCAACAUCUCUUGUAGGCAUUGACCUAAGUAAUGUUUUAUUUAAAAGGUCGCAAGAAGGGAUCUGCCUUGACCCAACAGAACAAAAUUUUACCUAUUAUGUUCCCCUUCCUACUGAAAGGCUUCCAUCGACCAUGGAAUCAAAACUAAGCAGUCUUAUCUCCAAGCUUCUCCUACCAAAAGGAAAUUAUGAGGAUUUGGUGAAUACAACAGAAAGCUUUGACAACAGCACAUUCUCGGAUGUGAAUGGAAACACAGCCUCCCUGUCUUCUUCACUAAAUAUUGCCGCAUAUGUGGUGCUUGUUAUCAGUUAUGCAAUAGUUAUAUUUUAG